GUUCCCUCUCACCUCUUUCCUUCCAAGCGAUCACUCAGCUGUGUGCCGGAGUGCCUGCAACUGGCACUUAUGCCUCUCUACACAUGAACUGGUUUAAAGUAACUACCCGUGGAGUUAUCAAUAUAAUAUAGAAGGGAUAUAGCUGUUUUAGAUAAAGAGUGACUAUUCGCGGAUAAGAGACUAAGAGAGAGCGUGGCCGGGGUGGGGGGCUCUCUUUCCUGUCCAGAUACACCGCGGUUCACGCAGAAUAUGGCGGAGCAACAUAUAGUCGACAGCAAGCUCAAAGCUUCCUCGAAUACCGGGGGCUCGUUCUCUGGAAACAACCGAUCGAGCUCCGGGAAUGGAGGAGGAGGUGGUGGAGGCCUUUCUGGCGGACUGUCGCAGCCGGCAGGGUGGCAGUCCCUGCUGUCUUUCACUAUACUCUUUCUGGCCUGGCUGGCAGGGUUUAGUUCGAGACUCUUCGCAGUUAUUCGUUUCGAGAGCAUCAUCCACGAGUUUGACCCUUGGUUCAACUACAGAUCAACGCAUCACCUCUCAACAAACGGCUUCUACGAGUUCCUCAACUGGUUCGACGAGAGGGCCUGGUACCCCCUGGGCAGGAUCGUGGGGGGAACUGUGUACCCUGGUCUGAUGGUCACUGCGGGCCUUAUCCACUAUGUGCUGAACCUGCUGCACGUGACGGUGCACAUCCGGGACGUGUGCGUCUUCCUGGCCCCCGUGUUCAGCGGCCUGACAUCCAUCUCCACCUUCCUUCUGACGCGUGAGCUCUGGAACCAGGGAGCGGGGCUGCUGGCCGCCUGCUUCAUCGCCAUCGUGCCCGGAUACAUCUCCCGCUCCGUGGCUGGCUCCUUCGACAACGAGGGCAUCGCCAUCUUCGCCCUCCAGUUCACAUACUACCUGUGGGUGAAGUCUGUGAAAACCGGCUCGGUCUUCUGGACGAUUGGCUGCUGCCUGUCUUACUUCUACAUGGUGUCAGCAUGGGGAGGCUACGUCUUCAUCAUCAACCUCAUCCCCCUCCAUGUCUUUGUGCUUCUGCUCAUGCAGCGCUAUAGCAAAAGGGUCUACAUCGCCUACAGCACGUUCUACAUCGUGGGCCUGGUCCUCUCCAUGCAGAUCCCUUUUGUGGGCUUCCAGCCAAUCAGAACCAGCGAGCACAUGGCAGCGGCAGGUGUGUUUGCGCUGCUGCAAGCCUAUGCGUUCCUGCAGUACCUGAAGGACCGGCUCACCAAGCAGGAGUUCCAGACCCUCUUCUUCCUCGGAGUGUCGCUGGCUGCUGGCGUAGUCUUCCUCACCGUCAUAUACCUGACUUAUACGGGUUACAUCGCCCCCUGGAGUGGCCGGUUCUACUCUCUGUGGGACACUGGAUACGCCAAGAUCCACAUUCCCAUCAUUGCCUCUGUGUCUGAGCACCAGCCCACCACCUGGGUCUCUUUCUUCUUCGACCUCCACAUCCUGGUCUGCACCUUCCCAGCAGGCCUGUGGUUCUGCAUCAAGAACAUCAACGACGAGCGUGUUUUCGUGGCCCUGUACGCCAUCAGCGCGGUGUACUUUGCCGGGGUGAUGGUGCGGCUCAUGCUGACGCUCACGCCCGUGGUGUGCAUGCUGUCGGCCAUCGCCUUCUCCAACGUCUUCCAGCACUACCUGGGAGACGACAUGAAGCGAGAGAACCCGCCCGCCGACGACAGCAGUGACGAGGACGACAAGAGGAACUCCGGAAACCUCUACGACAAGGCAGGGAAGGUUCGGAAGCACGUGUCUGAGCAGGAAAAGACGGAGGAGGGUCUGGGGCCCAACAUUAAGAGCAUCGUCACCAUGCUGAUGCUCAUGCUGCUCAUGAUGUUCGCUGUGCACUGCACCUGGGUCACCAGCAACGCCUACUCCAGCCCCAGCGUGGUGCUGGCCUCCUACAACCACGACGGAACACGCAACAUCCUGGACGACUUCCGCGAGGCGUACUACUGGCUCCGGCAGAACACAGACGAGCACGCCCGCGUCAUGUCCUGGUGGGACUACGGGUACCAGAUAGCAGGCAUGGCCAACAGGACCACCCUGGUGGACAACAACACCUGGAACAACAGUCACAUCGCCCUGGUGGGUAAGGCCAUGUCCUCUAACGAGAGUGCGGCCUAUGAGAUCAUGAGGAGCCUUGAUGUGGACUACGUGCUCAUCAUCUUCGGCGGGGUGAUCGGUUACUCUGGCGACGACAUCAACAAGUUCCUGUGGAUGGUGCGGAUAGCGGAGGGCGAGCACCCUAAAGACAUCCGGGAAAGUGACUACUUCACUCCACAGGGAGAGUUUAGGGUGGACAAGGCUGGCUCCCCCACUCUGCUGAACUGCCUCAUGUAUAAGAUGUCCUACUACCGCUUCGGCGAAAUGCAGCUGGACUUCCGGACACCGCCAGGAUUCGACCGCACCCGGAACGCGGAGAUCGGGAACAAGGACAUCCACUUCCGGCACCUGGAGGAGGCCUUCACCUCUGAGCACUGGCUGGUGCGCAUCUACAAGGUGAAGAGGCUGGAGAACCGCAUGACCCUGGACCACAAGCCCCGCGUCACCAACAUCGUCCCCAAACACAAGUACACCUCCAAAAAGACUGCGAAGAGGAAGCGUGGACACAUUAAGAAUAAGCUGGUCCUGAAGAAAGGCAAGAAGCUCAACAAGAAGUCAGUUUAAUUGUUGACGAAGGCAGGGAAGUCAAAAUGCAAAAAAAAAAAAAAAAAAAAAAAAACUGAGGGGGAGGGGGGACAGAAAGGAAAAUGCAGCAAGAGGAAAAUUUGAAGAGUAAAACGAACACCAAUUAAGAACAAACAACCGCCGACAUCCCUUUUGCCCUGAUCUCUGGUCAUGUGACCGGCGGUCUUGUCACAGCUCCUGAGACAGGCGUGUCCUGUUCUGCUCCCAGUGCGGGUGGGUUGGGGGUUCUGUAGGUUUUAAGGAUGAGGCCUUUGUCUUACUCUUUUCCGUUUUUGUACUUGAAUAUUGGCUAGAAAAGAACACUGCUCCUCAGAGAGCCGGCAGCAGUUAUUUUCGUGGUACAUAUAUUAUCAUCCUGUAACAACUCGGCACUGGGGGGAAAUGUUGAUGAUGGGGUGAGUCGGAGAGUGAUUACACCAAAGAAGCCCUGCUCCUGGUCUGUGAUACAUGUUGACUUGUUACCUUUAAAAAACAAAAAAACAACACAAAAAAAGAUGGAGAAAAAUGUAAAGCUAUGAAAGGGUCUCUGCUGGAAGGGGAGUAUCGCUCCUGAGGACCUCUUCCCAACACGCUGAGCGGCUCUGCUUCCUGGAAUCUUUUAGACUGGUUUGUAUUUACACAAACAUGGCAUUUAAGAACUUAAUGAAAUACAAUGUGUAAAUAUGACAUGUAAAGGAAUUGCCUAAAGGGGUUCUUUAAUAUAUCUCGGAUUAUUGUGGUGAUUUAAAGUGUUUUUUCCUUCUUCUUUUUUUUAUAUAACAGCUGAUGGUUUGAAGAAAUUGUUGAAUGCAAUAAUUUUUAUUGGGAAAAAUGUAAAGGUCAUAGAUUCAUGAAGAAUGUGAUUUUAUGUUUGUUUUUGUUUUUUUUUUGCCUCAUCACACAUUGUAUUCUCUGCUGCUUGACAAAGAAUUAAAGAUGAAAUCAUAUUUAGAGUAAUGCAACGUGACGGAAUGAGUAAACGGAGAGAUUAUGGGUUAUGACAGAUUAUAAAAUGUAAUGUUUCUGGAUUACUAGUCAUUUUGCAGAUCUUGGAAUAAGACUGAUCGUGGAAUAUAAGAGUUUAUUGGGGGUUUUUAAUAAGAGGUUAUGGAGUAUUGCAAAGUAUUGAUUAUGGAGUGAUGGAUUAUGGAGUAUGGGGGUCUCUCCAUGAAGACGCUGUUCAUACACGUGCAUCAGAGUUUUGAGACUCAUCAGAAGCUGAUCCUCACGGCUGAUCUGUCCGUGUCGCGCUGUACCUUUUCUUUCGCAUUGCCUACUGCGGUCCGCUGAGAUUGUGUAUUUUUGUGCACAUUGUGUGUGCGUGCAACUGUGCACGCUGUGUGCGUGUGUGUGUACGUAUGUGAAUGCAUGUGUGUCAGUGCACGCAUGUCUGUGUAUGUGCGUGUAUAUAUUCACACGGUUAUGUGCGUGCCGGCCUGUACGCACAGUGAUUUUUCCCCCCCUUUAUUUUUUUUAAAGGUGACAAGGUAACAUCCAUAUUUGCUCACCCAAAAUGUCCGAGGGCUUUUCAUCAAAACGGUCUAUUUGAUAUGUUCGGUUUUACUUUGCUGGUUUAAUUUUUGUUUGGAAUUUGAAUUGAGAAGACGUUUUAUUUAUGGGUGCUAUGUCAUGAAACUAUGAGAAUAUCCAACCCACCACAGAAUGUCAUAUCGAUAUGCUCAAUGCAUUUAUAUCAGGGGUCCUCAACUCUGGCUGCCUGCUAUUCUCCAAUUAGUGCUUUCAUUUUAUAACUCUUUAAUCAACCACAUCCAUUACUCAGUGUCAUGUUGAGCGACAUCAGAAACCAGCAUAAUCUGUGCUGUGGAUCCCCAAUUUAUGUGAAUGUUGAGGGGGUGCAUGGAAGGCACUAUUCAUCACAAAAUGUCAUUUUUUAAUUGAUUUUUUUCCCUAAAUGUGUUUAUCCAUAACUUUAAAAAUGGACAGAAUGCAUAGUUUUGUGAUUAAAAGGAUAAAUGAAACUUUUAGGUUCCCCCUCAUGAUGAGAGGUGGAAGGUGGCCCUCUCCUUCCUCUUCGCAUCGACGUGGGUGGAUCCUCUUCGAAACGGCAAGAGCUCACUGGUUUUCUUUGCCCUGUUCCUUCUGCAGUUCCCGGGGACCUUUUCCACUUCCUACUCCCCACACAACUGAGUUACCUUUAUACAUCAUCUCUGACUCCUGCCAAAAUAAAAACCUUGGGUUUAUGAAA